CUUAGUGUGGGCUGGAUGUAUUUGAUGUACCAGAAGAGGAAGUUGGAGAAGCAAAAGGACAAAUUCUUUCGACAAAAUGGGGGCGCUGUUUUGCAUCAGAAGCUCUCUGUAAAAGAAGGCUCCUCCCUCACAGCCAAGAUCUUUACUGUUCAAGAAUUGAAAAGGGCCACCAACAACUUCCACGACAGCUUAGUUAUUGGCCGAGGCGGUUUUGGUACUGUUUACAAAGGAAUUCUCCCAGACAACACUAGUGUCGCAAUCAAGAAAUCAAAACUGGCGGAUCAAAGCCAAAUUGAACAAUUCAUUAAUGAGGUGAUUAUACUCUCCCAGAUAAAUCACAGGAAUGUGGUCAAACUCCUAGGUUGUUGUCUGGAAACAGAGGUUCCUUUAUUAGUUUAUGAGUUUGUCAAUAACGGUACCCUGUACGAAUCCAUACACAACAAAAGCAAAGCUUCUGUCUUUACUUGGGAAACCCGUUUGAGGAUAGCAACAGAAGUGGCAGGAGCACUGUCGUAUCUACACUCUGCUGCCUCCAUACCCAUCAUCCACAGAGACGUCAAGUCCUCUAACAUCCUUCUGGAUGACACUUGCACAGCCAAAGUCUCUGAUUUUGGAGCUUCCAGAUUAGUUCCACUUGAUCAAGUGGAGCUGGCCACAAUGGUACAAGGUACUUUCGGAUACUUGGACCCAGAAUACAUGCAAACGAACCAACUCACAGAAAAGAGCGAUGUGUACAGUUUUGGAGUUGUAAUUCUGGAACUCCUAACAGGAAGAAAGGCGCUGUUAUUUGAUGGGCCAGAAGAGGAGAGAAGCCUCGCAAUGCACUUCCUAUCAUACUUGAACGAGGGUCGCCUGUUGGGAGUGGUUGAAAGAGGGAUGGUGAAUGAUGGAAAUAAGCAGACGGUGAAGGAAGUGGCUGAGCUUGCAGCGAGGUGCUUGAGACUUAAAGGAGAGGAGAGACCAGGCAUGAAGGAAGUGGCUAUGGAGUUAGAAGGAAUAAGGAUGAUGGGGAAACAUCCAUGGAUCAACAACGACGAGGAAUCACGGUCAUUACUUCGCCAGACGUCCUGUUUUACUGAAUCUGUUGAUAGCAUGGUUUAUAAGGACACUGGGUGGGAUAGCAUUACCGAUCGUGUGCUGAUUAAUUUAGAUGAUGGAAGAUUAAAAGAGGGAGGCCAGGUGUGUAUUAAAGAGGAGCUCGCAGAGCUUCCUGUUGAGCUAAAAAUGGAGACGAUGCGACUUACAAAGCUUUGGUUCAUUCCAUUAUUAUUAGUAGCCGUAGCAGAAGCUCAAUCCCUUGAAGGCUGCCUCCAUAAAUGUGGAGAUGUACAGAUUCCAUAUCCAUUUGGCGUUGGCGUGCAACCUCGUACUGGUCGCAACUGCUUCUUCCAAGAAUCAUUCAAUCUCACCUGCAAUACCUCCACCUCCACAUUAUUCUACGGAGACCGCCCAGUUUCUAGCAUAUCUGUUCAAGGUGGUCAUCUUGACAUUUCCAUGUCUGUCUCCAAGAUUUGUUACAAUCAACCUGGCGGCGCUGGCUCUGACAGUCACUAUCUCGGAAACACUCCCUCUUUCGCCAUUUCCAGCACCCAAAACAAGUUCGUAAGCGUUGGUUGCGACACUUUGGGCAUAGUUCAGUUCGAAAACAAUCGUACUUAUUAUGGUGGCUGCGUGACGCUCUGUGACGCGCCUCCUCAACAAGAUUUGAAUGAUAAAACUUGUUCGGGGACUGGGUGUUGUCAGGUGGAUAUUCCUGUGGGGAUGAGGAAUAUUAGUGUUGUGGCAUCCGCCAUCUUCAACCACUCAAACGUGUUGGAUUUCAACAACUGCAGUUAUGCUUUUGUUGCCAGACAGGGGUGGUUUAAUUUCUCAGUUGAUUAUCUGCGAGACUUUCCCCUUGACACGGUCCCGCUUGUCCUAGAUUGGACUGUUUCGGAUGAUACUUGUCAAGCUGCUUCGGCCACGUCAGAUUAUGCCUGCACCUCUAACACUGAUUGUGUCGACUCCAAUGAUGGAUUUGGGUACAACUGCAAAUGCAAACCCGGUUUUGACGGAAACCCAUACCAUCCAGAUGGAUGCCACGAUGUAGACGAAUGCCAGGAAUCGACCAACAACUGCAUAAGUAAAGAAAAUUGCCGCAACACGAUCGGGUCUUUUGAGUGUUUUUGUCCACCUGGCUACACUGGCAACGGAACCACGGCCGGAGGAUGCCAGCCACCCCUGUCAAAAAAUCCCCUUACUAUGGUCUUCAUUGGUGUAAGUAUAGGCUUGGCAGCUCUCUUUAUGAGUUUGUCUUGGUUGUACUUGGUCUCCCAGAAGAGGAAGCUCAUCAAGCAAAAGGAGAAAUUUUUUCGUCAGAACGGCGGUUUCAUACUGCAACAACGACUCUCUGGUGGACAUGAUCCCUCCCUUGCGGUUAAAAUCUUUUCUGCUGAGGAAUUGAAAAGGGCCACCAACAACUAUCAUGACAACUUGAUCAUUGGCCGAGGAGGUUUUGGUACUGUUUAUAAAGGAUUUCUCCCAGGCAAGAAAAUCGUUGCAAUCAAGAAAUCCAAACUGAUGAACCAGAGCCAAGUUGAACAAUUCAUCAACGAGGUGACCGUACUCUCCCAAAUAAAUCACCGUAAUAUAGUCAAGCUCCUAGGUUGUUGUCUGGAAACAGAAGUUCCUUUAUUGGUCUACGAGUUUAUUAAUAACGGCACCCUCUUUGACUUAAUGCACGACAAAAGAAAAUCUUCUCCGGUCACUUGGGAAACCCGUUUGAGGAUAGCAUCAGAAGUAGCAGGGGCACUAUCUUAUCUACAUUCCGCUGCUUCCAUACCCAUAGUUCACAGAGACAUCAAGUCCGCUAACAUUCUUCUAGACGAGAGCUUCACUGCCAAGGUUUCUGAUUUUGGAGCUUCCAGAUUGGUUCCGCUUGAUCAAACAGGGUUAGCCACAAUGGUACAAGGUACUUUCGGAUAUCUGGAUCCGGAAUACAUGCAGACAAAUCAGCUGACAGAGAAAAGUGACGUGUAUAGUUUUGGGGUGGUGCUCGUAGAGCUGCUAACUGGGAAGAAAGCCGUUUCGUUUGAGAGGCCAGAAGAGGAAGUAAAUCUGGCAAUGCACUUCCUUACGUACUUGAAUCAGGGUCACUUAGAUGAAGUUGUUGAGAAAGGCGUGAUGAAUGAUGAAAAUAAGGAGAGGGUGAAAGAGGUGGCUAUGCUUGCAGCAGGGUGCGUGAGACUGAGAGGAGAGGAGAGACCCAGCAUGAAGGAAGUAGCAGGGGAGCUGGAGGGAAUAAAGAUGAUGGGGAAUCAGUUAGGGGUGAACAAAGAGCUGAAUCUGGAGGAAGCUCAAACUUUGCUGGGCGAGACGUCCAAUUUUACUGAAUACGGUGAUAGCAUGAUUCAUGGAAACAGAGUUUGGGAUAGCAUUAAGGAUCAUGUUCUAAUUAACUUGGACAGCGGUAGAUGAUAACUGGGAUCGGCUCCACCAAAGUUUUUGCCCUUUUGCCUUCCCCCGCCCUCUCUUGAUUAUUGCUUGAGAUGGUUUUUGUACAUAUUUUUCUAUUUUCUUCUGAAAAAAUAUAAUUCUUUGUAAAUUGGUUCAUUUUC